AUGUCAAUAAACUAUCAAAGACAGCUUAGUAAAUAUACGAAUGAUGUGUUGAGUCAGGUGUGUACAGCGUGUGGGCUUACAGUUAAACCGAGAAAGCAGGACAAGAUCGAUGCAAUUACCAACGGAAUGCAGAGGGUAGCGAACCUUCCAAAUAAGAUCAAUGUAUUGGCAAUAGAUGUUGGGGUGAAAAAUCUUUCAUACUGUAGGCUAUCGCACAUAAAUAUUAAGGGUGAUAAAAGGCCCACGUUAGAUAUUAACAAAUGGAAGAAAAUCGAUUUGCAUGAGCAAUAUGGGUCGACAUAUCGACCAUUGACGAACGACAUGACAUCGUUGGUUGACUCAAAGAGAUAUUUGAGUCAUCUUGCAUUUGAGUUAGUUAAUGAUAUAGUCAUACGACAGGAUGAAUCUCCUCAUGUAAUAGUGAUUGAAAACCAAAGGACACGGUCAAACCAGCUUCUGUCUACGCUACCAAAUGUGCUACUCAACUAUACACUUGAGAAUAUGGUAUAUUCGACGUUCUGGACACUUCAACAACAACGUUCAUGCUUGAAAGAUACGGUGGUUACGCCUAUGAAUGCAAGCAAGAUGACCCACUUUUGGAUAAAUCGAUUUAUAGAUAGUCCUAAGAACUCACAGACCAAAAAAUUGCGCAUAGAGCUAUUUUUCAACUGGCUAUGUAGCAAUAAUGCACCAUUUCUUCACAGUUUCGUCUUACCAGAGAAUUUUGGUGAUUUAUCUACGCUAAACAAGUCAAAGUAUUUAUUAAACCAACUCGGGUUACCAAUAGUGAACAACAAAAUCGAUGAUUUGGUCGACAGCUUAUUAUAUGGAUUGACCAUCUAUAAAUCGUUGCAAAAUCAGCAUUCUUUAUUAGAGCUUUUAGAUUGCAAUGGCGAUUUAUCGACAUUUGUUGAGGACAGAAGUAAGGAGCAUUUUAAGCUAAUUCAAAAGGUGAUAAUACAAAAUAAACUUGAAGUAUUAAAUAAACCAUCGAGAACGACUAAAAAAAUUUCCGAAGUAUCAAGAAUAUCGAAAUUAUAA